UUCGAGGACCAGCGUAAAGGUUAAUAUUAAGAACACUCAGGAGAAACUGUGAAAAUGGCAAACGUAACACCAAGAUACACACCAGGUGAAAUAAAGGAGGACGAAAUUAUACGAAUUCCGGGAAAGGACGGAACUGUAAAGGAAAUGAUGAGAGUAGAAGGUUUAAUGAUACCUAUUCAUAUGAUAAAAAGUGGACACAUUCCUGAUAUCAGGGAGAACGUGAAGAAAGUUCGCGACAUGAAAUGUCGGGAUGACGAUAUUUUUCUAUGUGCCUACGCUAGAUCAGGUACUCACUGGGUCUGGGAAAUCACAAACAUGCUAACUACAGGAAAACCUGAAUAUCUUAAACAACCGAAGGAGGCAGCCAUGUUAGAAUUCAAUUACCCUGAAGAAUUUGACGCUAUUCCUUCACGGAGAACCUUAAAUACACACUGGCCCCUUCGUCUUCUGCCGACAGAUGUUAAGGCAAAAAAACUUAAAGUCAUUUUCAUCCAAAGAAACCCAAAGGACGUCAUCGUUUCAUUAUAUCAUUUCUUGAAGAAAGCAAAAGAUGCGGCAUUCAAGGGAUCGUUUGAUGAUUUCUUUAUGCUUUUUACAACAGUUGGUUUAAUGGUUAACUGGUUUGACUAUACCCUGGAGGCAGAGAAAGUCCAAAAAGAUAAGACGCUUGAUAUCCAUGUGGUCUACUAUGAAGAACUAAAGAAGAACCCUGUCCUUGCAAUAAAACGGCUUUCGGAAUUCCUCGGCACGAACUGUGAUGAUGAAUACAUCACAAAGGUGGCAGAAAUGUGCACUUUCAAAGGAAUGAAAAAAGCAAAUGAGGACGUCAAAGAAAUGGACAAAUUCAUGUUUGAGGAAGAUAUGAUGAAGGGGCAUUAUCGGAAAGGCCAAAUUGGGGACUGGAAGAACACGUUGACGGUGGCACAGAGUGAACAGUUCGACAAAAUAUUUGCUGAGAGGAUGAAAGACAGCUCUUUCAAGUUUGACUUUUCAGAGUAAUUUUCAAACAGUCAUUUGUCAUUAUCAUAUGUAAAAAAAACAACGAUAUAUGUGGAACCGAAAAAGAUUUAACACCUAGGUUAAUUAGUGAGGUUUUGCUUUUCGAUAUGGAAACAUAUCUUGUAGCUGAAUUAUCAGACCACUGAUAGAUGAUAGAAGACCAAAUGAAAGAUAACGUGACUGUCAAUAAGUUUUUAUAACUGUUAAAAAAGUACAGUUUUAUCCAACUGAACAGUCAGAACAGAGUUGGAAAGUUGUUACAAUGUAGGUGGUCGGGUAGCGCAGUGGUAACACACUUGUCUUUCACCUUCGUGUAAGCGUCCGGUGUUCGAAUCUCCGAAAAGAGGUGAAAAAUUAUGGGAGUCACCUGCCCGACCACAUGGGUUUUCCUCGGGUACUUUUUUUUCCCUUUCCAAGUAAGCCAAUCGCACGCUUUCCUCUGGGUCAACAAGAGUGGUUGAUGUCAGCUGAAUUGAUCAAACCUCGUUAUAUUUUAUAAAUAUAUAUUUUCUUCUUUGUGUUAUGUAUGCAUAGAUAUCUAUGAACAAAACCUCGUAUAUGCAUUUAUGUAUUACAUAGCAAAUUUUCACGGUGUAACUAUUCUUAAUUUUGAAGAAUUUUGUAAGGUACAAUAUGAUUUCGAUGUUGUGUGCGUGAGAUUACAUGAUGAUGCAGAUAAAGGUGUGUCAUCACUUAUUAUUUUCAUUACAUUUACUAUGGUUAGAAAUUACAAAAAACAACCAGUUUUGAAUUGUUAAACUUUAUUCAGUAGACUAACGACUUGUAUUUUCUGAAUGUGUUUAUA